AUGCAGAGCAAGAUGCAGGGCCGCGUGGUGGGGAAGCGGGCUCCUCUGGGGCUGCUCCUGGUCUGUCUUCAUCUCCCAGGCCUCCUUGCCCGGAGUAUCGGUGUGAUGGAGGAGAAAGUUCCUCGAGACUUGGGGAUCAGCUUGCCUCUGCUGGGACCACCUCCCUUGACCGGCCCCUCCAACACCGAGCAUCCUCAGCCCAAACCAGCCCCUGGGCCUAAUGAUUUGUCCAGGGCUGCUGUGAAGCCCAAUCCUUCUCCAUCACAUGGCUCUCAACCUGUAGGAGGUCCUGGGGUGCAGCUCUCCAUGGACUCCUGGCCCUCGGAAGACCCCUGGCCGAUGCUGGCAGCUGCGGUCAAGGACCACGCUGGGGAAGUGCUGCCCGGAGAACUGUCUUACCUUUCUAGGGUGGCUGCCCUCCCCGUGGGCAGCAGGCCUUGGCCUGCAGGGCCCUCUGCACAGCCCGGAGACCCCUCACCCGAGUCCUCACCCUUCCACCAGGACUCUGAGUCUAGACGGCCACUCCGUCCUAACGUGCUGGGCUCCCCAGGAGACAUCCUUGCCCGAUCCCCACUGUGGGCUCUCAUCAACAGAAUACGACGGCCGCUUCUGCCUGGUCACCCCUGGGGGACCCUGAAUCCCAGUGCGUCCUGGGGAGGUGGAGGCCCUGGCACCGGAUGGGGAACAAGGCCCAUGCCAUACCCUGUGGGAAUCUGGGCUAACACCCAUCAAUACCCAAGUAUCAGCUGGGGGAAUAUUCCUCUAUACCCAGGUAUUAAUCAGUUUCCUCCCCGAGUUCUCCGUCCUCCUGGCUCCUCUUGGAGCAUCCCAGCUGGCUUCCCCAAUCCUCAAAACCCUGGGUCACAGUGGAGUUAG